UUCGUAGCCCUCGAGCACCUGUGCCAACCAUUGCUUUUUAGUAUGCCGUUGCCAUGGACUGCAAAGCUGAACGAAUGCUCCGACGAUGAUGGCGAGGAAUCUGAUGGUGACCAGUGCGCAUACUUCAUCGACAAAGUGGAGGAGCGUGCGAUGACCGUGUCGCAGUUGCGGAGCUUGCGAACCUUUCUGCAGCACUUGACGAAGACGGAACUCCUCAAGCACACCACCGAGCGGUCAAAGACGAAUGGCACGCAGGGACACCUGAUCCCAUGGAUGAAUCUAAACAUGUACGACAUCACCAGCGAGGUCAUCACGAAGGUGAUACCCCAUGUGGACCCCAAAGGGGAGCACAUCGACGAGACCCGCAGGUGGUAUAGUUGGGUGGAGUUUGUAGCAGAUGAGCCGCAGCCGGCCAAGAUUAUGUUCAGCCACUGGUGGGGCGGGCGCUUUUCAGACUUCAUGCAAGCCGUGGACAAGAUGACCUUGGAUCAGUCCUUGAGCAUUUACACUCCGAUUUGGGUUUGUACCUUUGCAAUUUGUCAGUUCGGCGAGAACUUUGGCAACAAACUCAUGGACUGCCCCUUCAUCCAAACCUUGAAGACGGUGGACCUGACUGUGCUGAUUGUGGACUACCAAGCUGGCAGCCUUUCACGUACCUGGUGUGGACUGGAAGUGCACUACACCACACAGAACGAGAAGGAGUUCAUGCUUUACACCUCUGCGGGUCGCGUAGGCUCCACCUUCGUCUCCGGCGGCCCGCUGGUCGAGGCCGUGAAGGAGUGGGACAUCCGCAGGAGUGAGGCAUCGGAUCCGCCCUACCGGAGGCAGAUUCUCAACUAUGUGGCCAAGGUCAAUGAGCUCGACGGCUUGAAGAAGACGAAAGGAGGAGAGAUCGCGCUGGAUAAGAUGGGCCGGCCACACUUGGAGGAUGACCGCUUGGACACCUCUGGGGGCAUGACGCGGCUCAAUGGUGAGCCGGAGUUCCUGCACGAAGCCAAGCUCUUCCAAAAGCACGCCAAGAGGUUCGAGCAGUUGAACAUGAUGGUUCGCCUGCGCGUGAUGGCCAAUCUGGGCUUGCCCCGCAAGGUGAAGGGCUGUCGGGAGGCGGACCCAGCGCUACGGGGCCUGUCGCUGAAUCAACUGCGUGUGGUCUCAGCCAAGCUGGAAGCCAGCUGCCCAUGGAGGGACGACGAUGAGGAUUGCCCGUGGCUUGAUGAUGAGCUUGGCGAGGAUGUGGAGCUGGAGUAUAACAGGCUUACCACCAACCAGGUUUCCCUCUGGGUCCAGUGGAGAACAAUGGAGGAGAGCUGCUCUUACAUGGAGUUAGUCUCUGACGAUCCGCAGAAGCCCCAGUACGCCUUGAAUCUGUCGGAGACCCAGAACUGGUCCGAGCGCAUGAUGGCGAUCGAGCUGUUCGCGGAGGCGCAACAGCUGCCAGACUCAGCCGUCUUCUUCGUGGACAUCCUCAGCAUGAACAUGAACGACCGAGAGGACGCUGAGGAGGUCUUUCGGUCGGUGAAGAACGAGUGCGAGGGGCUCAUCUACUUGUUGUCCAAUGAGGAAGAUCGGGACGAAGAUGAAGUGUUGGACACCUUGGGGCCAAUGAUCAUGGAGAUUGGCACCAACAAAGGCAUUUUCUUUGCCUCACGCCAUGGCGUCUUGGCCUGUAGCCAAGCCUUUCGCAGUGGCACCUGGGUCCACGGCGACUUCGAUGUGCAGGUCAUCUACCGGCUCUUGGCCUUGGUGUUGAAGAACGACGACGCCGAGAACGACGCCGCCGAGGUCGACAACGAGAACUUCCGCGCGGUGCUGCGGCUCCACAGCUGGCUGGCAGGGCCAGUGCUCCGGCGCGCGGCGCGGAAGGACGACGCGGAGAGCGUCAAGAGGAUUUGCAGUUUGCCAGGCCUGCGCUUGUCCAGUGACACCAUGAAGGACCACCUGGGCAGGAUGCCGUUGCAUAUCGCAGUGGCCUGUAAGUCCGUCAGUGCGCUGAAGGCGCUUUUGGAGGCGAAGAUGGAUCCCAACGUGGAGGAUGACAUGAAGGACCGACCCUUGCAUUAUGCGGCCAUGGCCGGACAAGAGGAUUUGGCGCAGAUCCUGGUGGCUGCCGGAGCGGAUCCCUGGGGGGAGAACUGCUACACGGAGACCGCCCUGCAGGUGGCGCGGCAAAGCCCCGCGGCCUUCCUGGGAGUCGACACCACGAAGGUGGUGAAGUUUCUCAGCAAGAAGACGCAAGCGAUUCCCUGGAAGGAUGUCAUGAAGACCUUCCAUUCCUUCAUUCGAAGGCCCUCGGCAGUUGGGUCAGCUAUGUCAGCGGCACGAGAGCUGAGCAAAGUGGCUGCGUGAGACUGGAGUGGUUUUUGGCGUCGCCCAUGGCGUCGCCGUUGUGGAGGAUCAGACGCAGCUGCAGAUGUGGUGUCCAACGCCGAUGCCAGUAUUUAAGUUUCCACUUUGGUUGAAGAUUACCCAACAAGCGGACCGUGAAUUGCGUAACAAUGUGCAAGGUCAAUGAACUUUGCUCAGCUGUUUUUGUGUUACACCUGCGGCUAUGGCCUCCCUUCCAGCUCUGGUUUAGUUUGUUUAAUGUACUCUCAUUUGGAGCGA